AUGAAGAGGCUGGCUCGGCCACAGUGCCAGGCUGCAGGCAUGCGAGGCCGUGCUGUGGGAUCGUCGCCGUCGUAUCUUACAGGGAACACGGCACGAAGCUUCAGCCUCCGCAUUCUGGCACCAAUGGCGCGAUUCCACGGUGGGGUCAGCGAUGGCGGCGGUGGUGGUCCUCCCCGCCACCACAAGCCCGACCACCACGGGAAGGAGGGCUCAUCUGCAUUCUCGCUGGCCGCCCUCUGGCGAAAGAUCUCGGGUCAGGAGGAGGCGGAGGACCAGAAGAGGAAAGAGGAGGAGGAGAAGGAGGUGGACUACAGGAAAGAGGCCGAGGACGUGCAGGAGCAGAACAAGCAGAUGCGGGUCAUCACGUGGGUCGGGCUGGGCCUCAACAUCCUUCUCGGCACAGGCAAGGCCAUCGCCGGCACCGUAAGCGCCGCCCCUUCCCGCAUGGGCAAUUCGCAAGCGCUGGUGGCCGAUGCAGUGCAUUCGUUCACGGACGGCAUAUCGGACAUCGUCACGCUGUGGGCCAUCCACAUGAUGCAGCUGCCGCACAAUGCCCAAUACCCGUACGGCCACGGCAAGUUUGAGACCAUGGGCACGUUUUUGGUGGCUGUCACGUUGGUCGCCACGGGAGUGGGCAUCGGCGGCCACGCCGUGGAUUCUCUCAUGAACAUGUCCACCGAGGUGCCCUCCAAUUUAGCCCUCUACGGCGCCCUCGGCUCCAUUCUCUUCAAAGAGGCCUUGUACCACGCGACGGUGCGAAUCGGCAAGCGAGCGGGAAGCGAACUGCUCAUCGCCAACGCAUGGCACCACCGAACGGAUGCGAUUUCCUCGGUGGUGGCGCUGUUCGGCGUUGCCGGCGCGCAGUACGGCGUCGCGUGGCUGGAUCCGGUCGCCGGCCUUGCGGUCGGUGUCAUGAUCGUGAAGAUGGGUGUUGAGAUGGGAAUGAAGAGCGUGCGGGAGUUGACCGAUGCCUCGAUCGAGCAUGAUAUGCUCAACUACAUGGAGAAGCUCAUCAGGAACGUGGAAGGAGUGGUCGAAGCACGCAAGAUCAGGGCGCGAAAGAUGGGGACCUACAGCAUCGUGGACGUGAAGAUCCAGGUGGACCACCUGCUGAGCGUGUCCGCUGCGCACCAGGUGGCAAAGCGAGUCAGGCUCACGCUCCUCGACGCGGUCCCGCAAGUGAACGAUGUCAUGGUGCACGUCGACCCCGAGCCACCGCAGUCGCAGACCCUGCAGACGCUCAUGCGACCGCAGUCCGAGAUCUAUCAGGACGUCGUUGCCAAAGUCGACCUCUUCCCCGAGGUGUACCUUUCGUACAUGUGCUGUCAUUACUACAACAUGCGAUUGACGGUGGAGGUGGACCUGCUCUUUGGCGACGAGACCAUUAGCCUCAAGCAGGCCCAGGAGCUCGCCAAGAAGAUCCAAAAGGAGGUCCUCGCCAUCAAGGACGUGCAUCAUGCCGACAUCAUGGUCAACCUGACCCUUCAAUCCGCCAACAAGGAGAGGGAAUGGAACAAUUGGAUCAAGCAGCAGCGGAUGAUGCGGGCGAGGAUGGAGGAGGAGGGAGGCAAGGGACUGGGCGACCUCAAGCUACCCCUGUCGCCCCCCUCCCUGCCCUCCUUCCCCGCCAUCCGCGAGGCCGAGUACCCCCAAGGCCGACCGGGCCACAUGUGGAAGUAA